UUUUCUGCAGGCUGCAACAGCUAGCUAGCAUACAUGACCUGUCUUUUCAUUUUGAAUCUCCUUAUUACUUCCCUUCUCCUCUCUGAUUUGAAAGAAAACAAUUAGAUCACUGCUUUGGCUUCUGAACAACUUGGAAGAAAAACCCAAAUAACACAAAGAAGGAAGGGAAAAGAAUGGAAGAGCAUAUUGCGAGUCUUGUACUGUUGGGGGUAAUUUCAUGGACAACAGCCUUUCUGUUCAUAAGAAAGAUGUUUCCAAAGCGGUCCUUUGACUUCUGCAACCGCCUUGUUUCUACAAUUCAUGCAACUGUAGCUGUAACUUUAGCUUCCUUGUCCGUUGAAGAUUGGAAGUGCCCAGUUUGUCCUCAGGCUUCAACGUCGUCUCCUCAGCAGAUGAAAGCACUCGCCGUGAGCCUUUCGUAUCUCAUCUAUGAUCUGGUGUGUUGCCUCUUUGACAAGAAAUUCAAUCUUGACAACUGCGUCCACCAUUUGGUCAGCAUUGUUGGGAUUGGAGCAGGCCUUGCCUACCAAAAGUGUGGGUCAGAGAUGAUAGCAGCAUUGUGGAUAACAGAGUUGUCUAGCCCUUUCCUCCACUUGAGGGAGCUUCUCAAAGAGCUUGGUUACAGGGACACCGACCUCAACUUAGCAGCCGAUAUUUCAUUUGCAGCUAUAUUCACGGUUGCAAGGAUGGUUGGGGGGCCUUAUCUCAGUUACGUGACUCUAUCUGCUAACAAUCCUUUCAUCAUCAAGGCCAUGGCACUAGGAUUGCAGCUGGUCAGCACUUUCUGGUUCUACAAGAUUGCAAAGAUGGUCAAAUACAAAGUGAUCAAGAGGACUGGGCCUAAACAAGUUGACGCAACCCAACGUAGAGACUAGGGAGAGACAGAUGCAACUGUAAUGGGAUUUGGGAAAUGCAAUCUUUUUCCUCUUCGUUUGUUGCUUUUCCCCUGUUUUCAUCCGGUUUGCUUUCUAGUGUUGCUUUUUAGCA